AGCACACAGGAUGUCAGAGGUCUACCAUGGCACUAAGGGAUUGGUCGAUCCAGUAAAUCUGCUGACUAAAUCCCUCACGUUGUGAUUCAGACUGAGGGGUCAUGUUGUCACAGUGCAUUCCGUCGUGCACGUAUGUCUCCAGAAGCUACCUGGCACACGACAACAGCGAGGAAUUUUGAGUUAAAUCAAAGUGUGUGUGUUUUUUUUAACGUUAUCUUAAUUAAGACACUCGGAAUCCACGGUUCGCGUCCUUCGGUGAAAAAAAAAUAAUGGACCCAAUUCUGACAACAACGUAGGUAGCCGUGGAUGGGAUGUGAGAAGGAGUAAUGCCUUUAGUCAGGAGAACCAUUGAACCUCGGCACCUGUGCCAAGCUGCAGUGCCCGACAGGAUUGAUAGUGAGCUGGAAUGUGUGAACAACAACACCUUGUCAGCCAUCAUCCGUCAGCUCAGUAGUCUAAGUAAACAUGCAGAAAAUGUAUUUGGCGAUCUCUUCAAUGAAGCCAACAUAUUUUAUGUGCGCGCAAACUCACUCCAAGACCGCAUUGACCGCUUGGCCAUCAAGGUCACCCAGCUGGACUCCAGUGUGGAAGAAGUCUCUCUUCAGGCCAUAAACCUCAGGAAGGCGUUCAAAAGCUCGACUAUUCAGGACCAGCAGGUGUUGUCUAAAGGUAGCACGCCGACCUCGGUCACUGAUAUGUACGACAGCAGCGACCAGCCACCUCCUCUUCAAGACCUCACUGCUUUUCGAGAGGACGGCAGUGACGCCAUGAGGUUCUACUCUGACCCGUCCUACUUUUUUGACCUCUGGAAGGAGAAAAUGCUGCAGGACACAGAGGAGAAGAGGAAAGAAAGGAGGAGGCAGAGGGAGCAGAAGCGAUGCGUGGAAAACAGCACCCUCCAGCGCCAGGUGAAGAAGGUGAGGAAGGCUCGAAACCGCAGACAAGAAUGGAACAUGAUGGCUUUCGACAAAGAGCUCCGACCGGAUCACCGUCACCCCCAAACUCUGCGGCGAGGAGCGUCUUCCGAGGGUUCGCUCUCCCCAGAGGGCAGGCCUGACCUUCCGGACUAUCCUACCCCGCCCGCGCCAGCCCACAGUGCUUCUAACUUUAUCAAGUCGCAUGGGAACGUGCAGCCUUCCCCGCCACCAGCAGAGCACGAAUACCACAGCAUUGACGUCAACUAUAAGAUAACAACGGUCGAAGCUCCGGCCGCAGAGAAGAUGAAUAGGUCAAUACGUCCGCCUGCAGAUUACAACUGUGCCCACCUUCCACCUGCCCAAGGCCCACCCAUCCCGUCAGCCCAGACAGCCUUUGGUUUCACCCCCCCAGCAGCUCAUAAUGGAGACACAACACAUGUUGGUCCAAGUUACCCACUUCCACCGGUCCCUCCUCCAGGCCCUUGCGUGGCUCCUCCACCAGGUCCCCCACCGCCACCUCUCCCUCCCCCAGCUGUCCCAUCACACCUUUCUGGACUGAGUGGAAGCAUCAUAGCUGAAAUGAAACCAGUGAGAGAUGUGAGGAGCGAUCUGUUGUCUGCAAUCCGAAUGGGCAUCCAGCUGAGAAAAGUGCAAGAGCAGCAAGAGCUGCAGAGCAAGCGCGACCCAGUCGGGAAUGACGUGGCCACCAUCCUGUCGCGGCGCAUUGCGGUGGAGUACACUGACUCCGAUGAUGACUCGGAGCUGGACGACAACGAAUGGUCCGACUGACCAGAAUGUGGUUUCAUUUCACAUUCUGUGCGACCAAAGACUAUUAGGAGGGUAUUUAUUAAUGAUAAUAUGAUAUCAUGACUCAUGUUCUCACCUCUUUGGAUAAAAACAGCAAUGAAAACAUGACCUCACUGGCAGAAAUAACAACGAUGAACUUAAUUUUAAAAAAAUAACCAGUCUCCUGGCACACAUCCUGAAUUCAGGCCAACCUUUUCAGUCCAUGCAUAGGAUCUUACCCAUGAACCCCCACCCCAUUCUUUUGAUCUUUCAUGGCAUGUAUGGUUUUUGAUCACAACCUUUAGUGAACCACUGUUAAAGGUAACACUGACACUCAAAUAAAACCCACAUACUUCUUGGGACAUGUCUGCAGGGAAGUUCAUGAAAAUUCAUGAAUGGGUACAGCUAUAAUUAUACUUUUUAAUCAGUUUUUUUUUAAUAUAAUGUAUUAUUUUAAUGUCUAAUUUAUGUCUAUAUUUAUUAUGCAUUAUUGUAUUAUUUUAAAAAUUCACCAUCAGUCUCCCUAUCUUGUACCUACAUCUAUGUAUCUUUUAUCCCUUUCAUUUUUAUUGUAUAUCUUGUUCCCCAUUCCUUAUUAUUACGUCACAGUAAAGAACAAAGUUCUGUGUUGCAGCACUGGUUGGAAUUAUCAUCACUUAAUAAGAUCAAUAAAGCAAUAUGCUUGAGAUA